AAUCGCUCCUUAGCCAUGUUAUCUGGGCGCUCAUUAGCCUCCCUCGGCCCCGCCGUGUCCUGGCCCCGCGGCUGGGAAGGAUGGAUUCCCCGGCCCUCGUGUCCUCUGGCUUGUAAAAGCACCUGGCCGAGGAGUGCCAGGAUGAGAAGGAGAACAUGCUUCUGAAUACAGAGCCCUUCGUGGUGGAUGCUGACACUGUUGGUGGCCACAGUGCAGGGAGCAGUGUGCUUCCUGCAUUCCCAGGCACAGCUAGACAAGAAAAAGUUGAGGAUGACUUGGGAAUAGAAAAUAGGAACAGCUCUGUAAAGAAGGUGGAAGAAGAUGGGAGAUACAGCACCCUGCAGGCAGCUGGGUCAUCUUCCCAAGGCUCCGUUGUCUUUGAUGGCCAGCACGACUUUGCCUCGACGUUUGGGCAGCCGUCGGAUUUCUGCGGUGACGCGAAGGUGGGAUUAGCGCAGGAGCCCGCGGGUCAGUCUGGAUCACAGGAGCACUGGGAGUGCUACUGCCCUGCUGGGACCGAAAUGGAGGCACAGAAGGAAAAAACUAAGAAAGCAUCCAGUGAAAUGGCUGGAACUCCCUGCAGGCAGGAGGAGAUCGGCCCGGCCCCUCACCAAUCCAGAGGUGUUCCAGUCAGUGCUACAGCUCAGAAUUCCUACAAGGGCUCUUCAGUCCUGGAGUCCAGAGGCAGCCGUGGUGUGGUCAAGGGACAAAAAUCCUUCCCUGUCAAGAAGAAGCCCCGCACCUUCUAUAGUGCAGAGCAGCUAGAAGAGCUGGAGAAGAUGUUCCAGGAAGAUCACUAUCCUGACAAUGAGAAGAGGAGGGAGAUUGCAGCCGUGGUUGGUGUGACACCACAGCGUAUCCUGGUCUGGUUUCAGAAUCGCAGGGCAAAGUGGCGGAAACUGCAGAAGUUGAGUAUGAAAGGCAACAGAAAAUACCCAGCAUCAUCAGCUCAGUCAGUCCCCUUGGCAUCAGAGGGUCAUGGGGCACCUCCUCUGCCUGUGCCUCCAUUGCCUGACGCUGCUGGAGACCAGCCUGCUGUGCUGGUUGGAGACCCUGGAGCUGGGAACUCCUCCAGCCUGCUCAGCACACAUCCUGCAUCCCCCACUUGUGCCUCAGCCUCCUCGGUGGCAGGAACGGUGGCACCCUGCGAAGCCCAGGCUCAGAGCAAGGCGCUGCCGCAGCUGCCCUUCAGUUCCAGCGGCGUGGAGUGCUUCCCGGGUUUUCCCAGCCCUCCUCCCAUCCGCAGGGCCAGCCUGACGCUCAGCCUGGCCUUCGACACCCACAGCCACAUUGUUCCCCUGAUGCUGGACACGCCCAGCAGCGAAUGCGGCUUGGCCGGUCAGGAAAAUGGCUCCAGGGAAGCCUUCUCUUACGAGGACGUCCAGAAUCAAGGCUUCAGUUCACCAGUUUCCUGCCCUUACCCGGAGCAGCUGGAGCCUGGAGACAACCUGGAGGCCUCCUACUGUCAGUACGGCAGCCAGGGGGGAAUCUAUCAGCUCUCCCAGUUCUGUCACCAAGGUCACCUGGCCAGCAAUGUGUUCUCCAGUGACCACCUUCCUCCUCCAACACCCCUGGAAUCCCAUCCAGCGUUCCCUGACUUACCUGGUGACAGUGGAGCCAUAAUCUAUGGAGCCACACAAGACUAUGUACAAAACCACACGGGGGGACCGCUCAUGCCACAGCAGCCAAGUGGCAAUUCAGCAGACAUCCCUGCCUAUCCAGCCUGGAGUGAUUUCUACAUGCAGGGAGCUCCUUUCUCCAGUCAGUUGCAUUCCCAAAUGCCUUUUUCUAGCACGGCAGGAGGACAGUACUUCACAGAGCCCUAUCUCCUUCAAGUGCCCAAUGGAACAGUAGGAACAGUACUGGAAUCCAUGCCACAGACUGGAAAACAAAAGGGACUGACACCACCAGAGCAAAGUUCCUUCCAGAACCACCAAACAGAGCCAGAGUUGGCAGCACUUGCUGAAGAAAAGAACAUAGAGAACAGCAGCAAGAAAGGAGAGACUCUUAAAUUAAAGAAGAAACUAAUGACUGAUGCUGCACUCGGAGGAAAAGAAAAAAGGAAGAGGAAAAAUUGCUAUUUUAAACUGCAAAAUCAGAAGAGUUAAAAAAAAAUUUUUUUUGCAACACAUGCACUUUUUGUUACUUUUUUUGGUUGUAUUUGUUUUUUUUCUUGUUGCCAUGAUUAUUUUCUUGCUGAAGAAAGAAGCAGGGUUAUUUCACUCAAUAAAAGUUUGUGGUGGUGGUGUUUUGUUUUGUUUUUUUGUUGUUGUUGUUGUUUUUUUUUUGUUUUGUGUGGUUUUUUUUGUUUGGUUUUGGUUUUUUUUGUCUGUUUGUUUGUUUGUUUGUUUGUUUUGGUUUUUUUUUUUUUUCCCUGCAAAUCUCCUGGCUUUAUAUCUUUCUUAACAAAUUCUAAUCUUGACCAGCCCUCAGACAGGAAAGAGCUGAUACAGGAACCAGACCAGAGUCCCAUGGGUGAAAAUUCUGGAUCAUGAAAGUGUCAGAAGGUCUGGCUGCUGUCCUGGAAUACAGGGGAGGAGAAACCAGGAGGAAUAAGAUAUAUGCAAAACAUAUGGAGAAGAAGCUCCAGCAACUACACCUGAUUUUAGGGACUCCAGACAGCCAAAGAAGUGUCAUUGGAAGUCCACCUGUGAUUUGGUGUUUGCUAGCCUUGAGUUACUUCCAAAGAAAUUUUUUUCAUUGUAAAACUAUAGCAAUAAACAGCAGCAAGACUGUAACCAUAAAUGCUGGCAGUGUAACCAGGUCCCUGUCUAUUAUUAAUUGCUUUAGAAUCCCAUUUGAAUUUAUGUGUUUGAGUUUGGCUUGAUCAUCUCAGCUCCUGCUUUGCCUGGGAAAGAGAUGAAAUGUGUCUCUAAAAAUCAGUGAUCAGCAGCAGGAGCGGAGGACUCCAGUGAAGAGCUUGUUCAUUCUUGAGAGCUGCAGUGCCCAGGAAUUGUGUUUCCCAGAGGAGCUAUAACCACCUGGAGGUGUAGGAUGUAUAAUACGAGUGACUAAGAUGGAUGUCAGGCUGUGUUCUUGUGAGGAAAGACUGUCGUGUUGUAGGAAGAGGGACACGCAUUUCCUUUGGUACUUCCUGUGUUUAACCCUGAGCCUUUCCACUGGCUUUUCGACACAGACAAUACCCAAAUCCUUUUUAUUACUGUGAUGUUGGUGCCCUUCUUGUACCUUGUGAAAUUAGGUAUUAUCACGUCUUUUUUUUUUAGUUCUGCGGUCUGACCAUGGAGUGUCUGGCAGGAGCUGGAUGCUGUUGCUCCUCUCCUUUUUCUUCCUCCUGUAAAACACUGGUUUAUGUCUGGCAGUGGCUGAACACUGCUGAAAGGCUAAGAAGUAUAGACAGGGACAGAUUUUGAGUCUACAGCUUUGUGUGGCUAUUCCAGAACUUCCAUUUCCUACAGCAAAAGUUAAUUCUUGCCUGUAAAAAGCUGAGAAUGGUUGGGAAUGUGCAUUAGUUCACGCUUGUUUCACUCAUCCUCAGCUGAACAGCCUAAACCAAUAUUUCCAAGAGGUGUGAAUAGGAGUUUUCACUGCAAUUACAAGUCACUCUGAAAGCUGUUGGUGGUGAUGACUGUAAAACUCAUCGUAGUGAGGGCUGGCUGGGAAUCUUGCCUGGAUCCCAAACCAGCCCUUCCUGGUUUGUAAGAUGAUAAAACCAACAGAAUGCCAGCUUGGUCAGCCCUAACUGCCCCUUCUCCUAGAAUGAUGAAGAAAUUAAUUUAGUGUGCUUUUUGAGAAAUGCACAUUUUCAGAAAUGGGCAUUUGGGAUGUGGUCUGGUGGCAGAGCCCCCACCCCAGCUCGCAUCAUCUGCCUGCAGCAUUCCCAAUCCAAAUGUGACACUGAGCACUGAGUUUUAUGUGCUGCAGUCUCAAAAGGUUUGGGGAGUGAAUGAGCACAAUGAAAUUUUUGAAAUAACCAAUCCAUUGCAUUUAAGCUUUUGGGUAAAAGACAAACUGUUCUGUGAAUGGUCUGAUUUUAUUUCCAUGCUUGUACAUUAAACUUGCCAGGUUCAUUUGGGCUUGGAGUUUUGAACUCGCAUUUCUUUCCUGUCAGAAGGAGGAGGAGAGUACAUGGAUGGCCAGAUUCAUCCUCUUUGUGCUCCUGCUGGCUUUGGAGCCAAACCAUGCUUAACCACAGGCAGGAUUUUUUUCUCUCUGGCAGAAGUAGUGACAGCCCUUGACCAUGUGGCAGUUGUCCCACCAAGGAAG